AUGCCGAAACAAAAGCAGAAACAAAAAACUGCAGACAUUGGCUUUCACUAUGGAAGGACCGAUCUGGAACGUAUUGGUUUAUUUGCAGAAAUGAGUUAUCUUCAUGGAAUGGGCUAUACUCGGCCUUAUGUCAAUGUUUUCAAUGAAGAAAGUAUCAAAGGGCGUCAGAUGAUUCCUGGUUUUCCACAAUCAAAAUGUGCAAGAGAUGAUGGUUACUUCAUUCCUUUCAGACGAAUCUUUCAGAAAGAAGCCUAUUUCAAUAGGAGCAAAGCAGCAUAUCUGGAACGACUUGCAGCAACUGCAAAGAACAUCGCACCAAGAACAUUUGUACAGCCAUCUCCAACAAAAAGACAAACUGGAUCUGGAGAUUAUUAUGGUUGUUUUGAGAAAAUUACAGCUUUCAGCCCAUUAAAACGAGCACAGCCUCCAAGAGUAAAGGAGCCAAAGAAUAUGCUUUCGAAGCCUCCGAAGAAGGGUGGACCAGGUUAUCCCGAUAUUACAUUUUCGCCAUAUCCAGAAUACAUAGAGAGCCUUUAUCGUGGAGAACUUCAGGACUACAGGAAUAAAUACAUACAACAUAUGUUAGUCAAUAAAAGACCUGCUUUCCUGUCAGCAAUUCAUCGAACUCAAUAUUUUGAUCGAAACCCAUAUUUUGUUCCUGAAGAGGAUGUUGGUCCUACAUAUGCUGAACCAGUAGGAAAAAUAGCCAAAGGUUUUGGAAGUGGUGUUUUUAUUCCCUCUUCACCUGGCAAAAAGGAUGGUGGUUGCAAAGCUGGCACCUUUGGCAAAUAUCCUGCUCAUUCAGAGGAUAAGUAUUUCCCACCAAUAGAGUCUGUACCAAGAACGAUGUCUUCAAAUGUAUUUUAUCCACAAAUGAACAUCAGGAGCAUGCAGACGAGAUCUAUUGUCAAUUAUAAUGUAGACUUUGGUGUAAAUGCUGAGAACUGGAGGAAGUGUGGCCUUAUCGUGUACACACAAUAAACUGUAAUUUGAUUAUAAAUUAAAACAGCUGAUCAUUAUUGCUCUUAUUGCAGGUAAGCACUUCUACACAGGGUGUUACAGAAUGACAUUUAAAAAUUUGGGAGGUUGUAGAGGAAGACAUUUUGAGUCUUUCGUACAAGGAACCUGUGGCCAGAAAUGAGAAAUUUAGUUUGGACAGCAAUCACUGGGCUGUUGAAAAUGCAUGCAAUACAUGUAUGAGAAGUUGACAGACAUGAUUAUCAGUGAAUAUUUGGGCUGCAAUUUUUGGGGAUCAUCUUAAUGGACCACAUACCUUACUUACCAGAUCAUUUGAAUGACACGUGUUAUUUGAACUUUCUGGACAAUCCCAUGUCUGAACUUCUCGAGGAUGUUCCUUUGCAACUGUGCAGUAGCUUGUGGUUUCAGAAUGUUGGUGCUGCAGCACAGUCAGGCUAGGUCUCAUCUAGCAGACAACUUAAGACAGAGAGUAAUAGGAAGGGAUGCUCAAGCCCUUGGCCUGUGUGCUCCCCUGACUUCACUCCUUUUGACUUAUUCAUCUAUAGUUAUGAGUGUAUUGAGCACAUCUUUUCAGCAUUUAAUGCCAUCAGAGGGGACUGCAGAAUCUUAUAGAGAAUCAGACUCAAAUGGUUCAUUGUUGUACAUUAAGUAAUGAAGUUGCUGAUUGUCACGCUGAACAUUUACUCUACAGUAGAGAAGCCACAUUUCAGUUAACAGUAUUUGUUUUACUCUUCUAAUCAAUAGAAGUUUUUCAAAAUACAUUGGUUCAUUUAUACUACAAGAUGCAUAGUACUAUAGAAACUUUAUUUCACAUUUCCCACUAUUGGUCCCUUAUAAAUUGUGUAACACCCUAUAUACUGAAUGCAGUCCAUUUGAAAUUAUUUUCAGUCUAGUGAAAUAAAUGACAAGAAUAAAAAUAAACUCAUUAGUGUAAGCUUAAAUAAAUUUGGUUGAGACAGUAAAUACAGUCCCAAGCUAAUAGUUGUAGGAUCUAGCCCUUGAGAAGAACAUUGUAACCCUAAUGUAAUAUGGUGAAUGCCAUGAAGCCAGCUGCAGCUGCUGCUGUUUUCUCAGGCACAAUAUUAUGUGACCACUGGUAGCCACAUAUCCCACUUUCUUUGGAUGGUGAGUUUGUAAAGUGAGUGUAGGCCACAAGGAACUUGUUAAAAUGUCAAGACAAAUUGCAAUAACAAACAAUUUUUGAAUACAAUAUAAAUAAUUUUAUUUUGUUGCAUCCUCACAGAAAACAUAGCUCAAUAUUAACAAAAAAGAGGAGUGCCAGUGGAAAUGUGACGGCUGAAGUUGACACUAUUAAGGUUGCCUACUUUGGCUACUUCCACUCAUUGAUGUCAUAUGCUAUCAUAUUCUGGGGGAACCAACCACUUCCAAAAAAAAGUUUUCACUGUCCAAAAAAAAAGCAAUCAGAAUAAUGUGUGGGGUCCAUCAAAGACACUCUUGCAGGCACUCUUUUCGAAAGAUGGGUAUCCUAACAACUGCCUCACAGUAUAUUUUUUCUUUGCUGACCUUUGUGUGCAAAAAUUAUUCUGCCGACCAAGACAACAGUAAAUUCCAUGGCUAUAACACCAGAAACAAAAACAAUCUACAUUUCAAAAUGAAACGUCUCACUCUAGUACAAAAAGGAGUUUACUACUCCAGCAUUAAGCUGUUCAAUGCUCUCCCACUACAAAUCAAAUGUGUUCAUACAGAACUGCCAACAUUUAAACAAGUUCUCAAAGAUUACCUGACAGAGAAAUCUUUUAAUACUGUGGAUGAAUAUUUGAAAGAAAAUGUAUACCAUCACUAAACUUAUUGUGUCUAGAACUAGUUCAGUUGAUUUCAUUGAGCAUUUGAGCAUUAUCAUACUUUUUGUAACAACAGAUUGGCUGUACCUGUAUUUACUCUUGUAGGCCUAAUAUCUGAUUUAACUUGUGCUCUUAUUUUUAACCUUUGUUUGAAACUCCUUUUUCUGUUAAAUGGUUGUUAUGUUAUC